AUGUCUAAACACGUCCGGAAUUGGAUACGUCGUUGUCCGCAGUGUACUCGCUUCAAGUCUAAAACGCCAAAUCAUGGACCAAUGCAAGUUCGUAUUUAUCAGCGACCUUUUCACACAAUUGGUGUUGACUACAUAGGCGAACUUCCAGUGAGCACAAAUGGAAACAAGUGGAUAAUCACCGCCGUUUCUCCGUAUUCAAACUUUCUUCGCGCAAUACCAGUUGCUGAUAAACAUGCUAAUACAGCUGCACGGGCUCUUCUAGACGAUGUGUUCCUACAAUAUGGAUUUCCUACCGUUCUUCAAAGUGAUCAAGAAGGUGAAUGGUCAAAUGCACUCUUGCAUUACCUAACAAAAAUACUUUCAAUAGAACAUGUUUUCAGGACUAGUUAUCGUCCUCGCCUUAACGGUAGUACGGAACGUGUACACAGAUAGUGAAAUUCCGCAAUUGCAAUUUACUGCGAGAUAUACCAAUCGCGUUGGGAAGAAUUUCAACAGCCAGCUGUUUAUGCUCACAACACCUCACCAAUUCCCGGUACAGAAAAAGUUAACCCAUUCUUCCUUGUUUUCGGACGUCAUGCUCCAUGUCCAGAAACUUUACGACUAGAACUACCACUCGUAUUUCAAACACGAAACGCUUAUGCUCAACAGCUCGUAUCGCGCAUGUAAGAAGCCCAUAAACAUUUCAAUAUUGUUAAAGCCGAUCUCAAAAGAUCUCAACGAGAUACGUACGAUCAAGAAUCUCGGCAAUUGUCUGUCCCAGUAGGCAAACGUGUCUACGUAAAGAAACCACCACCGUCAUCGCAACCACAAGGUUCUGCAACACGGUUUAUUCGUAAAUUCGAAGGACCGUACAUUGUCGUACGUUCGUAAUCGAGAAGACCUCUUAGAAAUUCGUCAUGAACAGAAACCUGAUGAUGUUUAAGUCGUAAAUAUUGAAAAAAUUGUAGUUGUGCCUGAAGGCAUCCCUGAUGAACAUGAAGAUAUUCGUGCGCCUGAGGAACAAAAUGGUCAAUCAAGUAGCAUUGCUGAAGACGAUAUUCUACAACCACGACAGACGCAUCUCAAUCCUGACAUCGCUAAAGUCGCACAUGCUAUUGCCAAUUAUCUAAAGGACCAACCAAACCAUAAAGCUUAUUCUUCCGAAGCCUGUAAAGCUAUUUACAAACAACUACCGGAAGCAAGAGAAAUCAUCGCAAGACUCGGUAAACUUCGUGGUAUUGUCACAAAAUGUCCAUUUCUCUCUCUAGAAGAGGGAGCAACUGGCGGAACGUAUUACAUAAAACUUGAUAUGAACAUUUUUUCACAAGUUUAA